AUGAGUGGGGGAACCCCUUACAUCGGCAGCAAGAUCAGCCUCAUUUCCAAGGCAGAGAUACGCUACGAGGGCAUCCUGUACACCAUCGAUACCGAGAACUCCACCGUAGCCCUCGCCAAAGUUCGGUCCUUUGGUACAGAAGACAGACCAACAGAUCGACCGAUACCACCUCGAGAUGAAGUCUUUGAAUACAUUAUAUUCCGAGGAAGUGAUAUUAAAGAUCUCACUGUUUGUGAGCCACCAAAACCACAAUGCUCUUUGCCUCAGGACCCAGCCAUUGUUCAGUCUUCACUAGGUUCCUCUACUUCUUCAUUCCAAUCGGUGGGUUCAUAUGGACCUUUUGGCAGGAUGCCGACGUACAGUCAGUUCAGUCCAAGUUCCAUAGUUGGACAGCAAUUUGGUGCUGUUGGUGUUGGUCGUUCAAGCCCUCAGUUAGACCCUUUGAGAAAAAGCCCAACCAUGGAACAAGCAGUACAGACCGCCUCAGCCCACUUACCUGCUCCAGCACCUGUUGGGAGAAGGAGCCCUGUAUCAACCAGGCCUUUGCCAUCUACCAGCCAAAAAGCAAUAGAGAAUCAAGAGCACAGGCGAGUUGAAGUGCAUAAAGUUCCAAGGCCAGAAAAUGAGCAACUUAGAAAUGAAAGCAAGAAACAAGUAGUAUUACAUCCCUGGGAUAUACCUACUUUCCGAGAACGGAGACCAACAUGGGCUGAAGAAAGAAGAUUAAAUGCUGAGACGUUUGGAAUCCCACUACGUCCAAACCGUGGCCGUGGCGGCUACCGAGGCCGAGGAGGUCUUGGCUUCCGUGGAGGCAGAGGGCGUGGAAAUGGCAGGGGUGGCACCUUCGCCAGCCCUCGAGGGUUUCGUGGUGGAUUCAGAGGAGGUCGUGGGGGCCGAGAGUUUGCAGAUUUUGAAUAUAGGGACAUGUUGGCUAUCUUUUUAAAAACCUACAAUAACCUCUUAAGCCAGCUCAAAGGUACAUUUAAAUUGAGUUCACAAGAGAAUUUGAGUAAUCAUUGCUAUUAUGACUUCAGUCAAGUCUCCAAACCUUCCAGGCCCCCUUUUAACUUUUAUGGAAAGGGGAUUGCACAGUUUUAG